AGUGCGCUAGUGCGCUUUUGUGCUGUUUGUGACCGAGCCUCAUUUUGACAUUUGGCCCAUGUGAGUGGAGGAAAGCGAGAAGAGGACAGAGGAAUAAAAGAGUCACUUCUUUCGCUCAAAUGUAGACUCUUCCUUAUUGAACAGACAUUUUCGUGUGUAAAUAAGAAGGAAAACUAAGCGGUUGGUACCAAUGCAGCCAUGACCUCCGUGUGGAAGAGACUUCAGCGCGUCGGAAAGAGAGCGUCAAAGUUCCAGUUUGUUGCGUCCUUUCACGAACUUACCGUCGAAUGCACCAAGAAAUGGCAGCCAGACAAACUGAGAGUGGUUUGGACCAGACGAAACAGACGAAUCUGCACUAAGCUUCAUGGCUGGCAGCCUGGCAUCAAGAAUCCGUACAGAGGGACAGUGUUGUGGCAGGUGCCUGAGAAUGUGGAUAUUACAGUCACACUCUUUAAGGAUCCAAAUGCUGACGAAUUUGAAGACAAAGAUUGGACGCUUAUCAUUGAAAAUGAGACAAAGGGUCAUCGAAAAGUUCUAGCAUCAGUGGAUGUAAACAUGAAGAACUAUGCCAAUGCCACUUCAGCCACAUUUGACCUGUCGCUCAAACUGAAGCCACUCUCGGUGAAAGUUGUAGACGCUACGCUGAAGCUUACCCUGACCUGCAUCUUUCUUAAAGAGGGCAAGGCCACUGAUGAGGAUAUGCAGAGUUUAGCUAGUCUAAUGAGCCUUAAACAUUCAGACAUUGGAAACCUGGAUGACUUCAACGACAGUGAUGAAGAGGACAGGAGGACGAGUACAGGAACGAGCAAAAGUGUGGCAGCUACAGCUCCUCUUCUUCCUGUCAGAAAAUAUCAUGAUGAAGCAUGGAGGCCUGCUGUAAACAUAAACCCUUUAGUCACAGUUCAUUCUGAAAGGGAUUUAAGGAGUUCAUCCUCAUCAUCCUCUGUUCCUAAACCGCCUCAUCAAGCCUGUCACCUGCUCCAGACCUCUCUCAAAUCUUCUCCAUCAUCACAUUAUACUGCACCCAUCCAUCUCCCUGACCUUUCUGGCUCAUCCCGGCCAUCACGUCCCACUCAUUAUGACUUUACUGUACCGGCAUUUACUCGUGCUCAUCCUCCAGCCCUGCCCAAAAUCUUCCAGCCAACAGCAGGCUCAGUUCCUGUAUCUGUUUCCCGAAGGCCCUCAGGGGGCCAGGCUGAUGUUAGUAUCGCCAAGGUCAGUAGAUGUGUUGCUACAUCUCCACGACCCCUCUCUAGCACAUUUCCUGCUCCCAGUGCUCCUCCUUUCUCUCUUUCCUCGAUCUUCUCCUCUUCUUCUCAGCAGACUGCUCCACCUGCUAUUUCUUGGACAGCCACCUCUGCUGUUGCCCCAGGAGCACGGGCACCUCAGAGUAUUCCUCCUUUUUCUCCCCCGAUAUCUGUCAGUAGCCCUGAUUCUUCUGUACUUGGCACCUUCCAUCCUGGCUCUGUACCUCUUCCUGCACCUUGCCCUUUAAAAACCUGCCGUGAGUCAGAGCUAGGAACCACGAUGACCAGGCCCACCAGUAUGCCCUCAGCAUCAGAGACAGCAUCAUGGCAGAGAGAGUGGAGGUCCCCUGAAGUAAAACCUAGUCUCUGUCCCAUACCCAUUACCUUAGAAGAACCUGUCCAUCAGCAGGCAGUGCAAAGUUCAGACUCAUUGCGCCGGCCUGCCUCAGCAUCAUUACCUCCUUCUGCUUUAGGUCCUCCCCUUAAAAAAGGCAGUUCUUUUAAGUCUCCCAUUAAUACAGCCAUUUCUCCUUUACCCUUCUCACCUGCUCACUCUUUUCAUGUUGCUGUACCUUCACCUGUCAGUCUUACCCCAGUCCUUGAUUCAUCUCUACAUACUGAUACCUCCCUUGCCCCAAUAUCUAAUUCUCCACACACUCCUCAUCCCAAUGUUUCUGCUCAGCUGUCAUCUGUCCACUUUUCUGCUCCCUUUUCAACUGCUGCUGUUGACCCUGAGGUUACAACUGAUGCCGCUCAAACAGACCCUUUCCUUCAGGUUCAGACGUUGGAAUGGAGACACCAGGUUGUCCCCACCGUGUUUAGACCAAACGUACGCAGACCUACUGGCCCCUUUAUUGUGAACAAUCCUACAAAUCCCUUUUCCCCUUCUUCUCCUCCACCUGUUGUUCCUGGCUCCCAAUUUCAGUCCCAAACAACCAUCGCUCUACCCCUUAUUGGGCACAUUCCUGUACCGCCCUCUGAUACAAGUAAAGAUUUGCACAGACAGCUGAGCAUAUUGCAAGAGGAGGAUUAUCCCAAUGCAGUCUAUCCUGGUGAGGAAAAUGCAGAUACCAAAACAUCAAAUGCUCAACAAUCCGAAGACUUUGGAUCAUCCAAAAGCAAAGCUGAACAUAUGAUCAUAGCCAAUCAUAGGUCAGACAGAGAACCAGCGUUUCAACAGCAGAUGGUGAUGCCAGCACCAAGACCUGAGAGUACGGUCUCUCAAAUGCAGUCUACCCCCAAAUCCCCCAGUGUCCCACAGGCCCAUUCAUAUGACAUGGGUGUGGCUGAGAAGACACCUUCCAAUACAGCUUUACAAACUAUUCCAUCACCUGUCAUAGACAAAGAGUACAUGCCCCCCUUGGCUGAAGUAUCACAAGAGUCAAUAGCGGUGCAGGCAAUUUGUCUGGAUAAAGAAGAGGGCUUAAAGCUUACAAAUGAGCCUACAAAUUUGCACAAUAUCCCAACAGAUCAAAAUGAAGAAGAAAUAAACCUUACCCCAGAGUUGACAUUUAGCCCAGAAAAGACUAAAAUUGAUCAGGGAGCAAAAGGUAUUGCAGUUUUCCUUCCCUUUUGUCCAACAACACCUGUUUCCCCUUGGUCAUCAACAUGUGACAAUGGAUCAACUAGGAUAAGAGAGGAGGUCAAUAAUCUCCCCACUGGCUACCAGAAAUCAAAUCAAUACAACGAAUCUGUGAAAAAUAUUGCACAUGUAUCAGAAAGUUCUGAUAAUGCACACAGUCCACAAUUUGCACAGGUCCAUAAGGGAAAAAUAAAAGCAGAAAAUAAUGAGUCAAAUAAGAGUGACUUUUUUCUGUCUGCUGCAAAAGCCUCACACAUUUUUUUAUUCCCAUCUGGGGAGGAUAUUAAAAUGGAAGAGGAUAUACCGUGGCCUAAAGAUGAAAGUUUGUUACUGGAGGACAGUCAAGAGAAAAGAAUAAAUACCGUGGCACCUAAGGAUACAGAAUAUCAAGACAGACAAUACUUUGAAGAUGCACGCAAGUCUCAGCUGAGCAAAAGUACUAUUCCGGACAUCUCCUUACUUCAGAGGUCAACGGUUGAUAAUUCUAAGAUAUACAGAGAACCAUGCAUGGUCAGUAUUCAUCCAUCCUGCCCAAGAGCUGCAUUUAUACCUGGCUUGCCAUCCUUAUACUUGCAAGAAAAUGCUAUCAAAUGGCUGUCACUUGAAGAUACAAUAAGUGUAAUAUCAUGUAAGAAGGAACCAGCUAUGCUUAUUCACCAUAUGGGAAUACAGUAUAAUGACUUUAGAAUACUGAAAAAAAUGAUUUUACUGAAGCCAUCUUGCCCAAAAUCUGUCAGCGUUCCUGGAUUUCCAUCUGUAGCCCUUGAUACUGUGAACAUACCAAGCAGCGUUAAUUUCCUCCCAACUUGUUCGAAAGCCUCAAGAAUUUCUGGCCUACCUUCAAGACUAUCAUUAACAAUCGCAGACCCACAAAGCUGGCUCAAAAAUAACAUGAUGUUAUGGGAAAGGAAAAAAAAGAAAAGUAGGGUGCAGAUCCUGCACUCAUUUAAAAAGAGCUCAGAUAUGAAUAAAGUAAUGAUUCUUAUAAGACCAUGUUGCUCCACAGCACCUAAGGUUCCUGGAUUUCCAUCUAUCCCAAGGUCCAUACCACAAGAGCAUCAAAGUAUCAUAAAUAUGUUACCAUCCUGUCCAAAAAUGUCCAGUAUAGCAGGGUUCCCUUCAGCGUUUCUCAGUAUUGAGCAAGAUCUCUUACUGUACCAAUCUGACAACACACCACUGUUUGUGAUGCAAAGUACGAAGGAUAAAGUAAGUGUUAUUCAUGAUUUGGGCAAGCCAUAUGAUGAUAUUAAACAAGUGAGAAAUAUGUUGUCACUGACAUUAACAUGUCCAACAACUGCUGCUCCUGGUUUCCCAUCUGCACCAAUCCAUAUUGACAAAGCCCCUAAUGCAGUCAAUCUAUGUCCAACUUGUCCCACAACUUCAAAGAUUUUUGGCAUGCCUUCAACAUUGCUAGUCAUCGAGCCAGACGAUAAAAAUAAGCAUACAGACAGUGUAGUAUUGUGGAGAAGAGAACUGAGAAAAAUUGAACCACACAUUCUUGUUAUGUUUAUGUAUAAUGCAGAAACAACCAAAUCAAUGAGUCUUAUAAGAUCUACCUGCUCAACACAAUCAAGGGUCCCUGGAUUCCCAUCUACCACAAAGCGAAGUUCCCAGAAACACCAAAAAAUCAUAAAUAUGAUGUCGUCCUUCCCAAAUAAUUCAAAGAUUGUUGGUUUCCCAUCUUUAACAAUUAUGAGGACAGAUCAAGAUAUUCAGCAGUGGAGAUUAAACAGUGAACGAUUCAUUCAAAUGCCAAAGAAGAGAAUGUCAAACAUUAUUUUGAAUCAGGUUUUAGACACAUUUAAGGAAAACAUUGAUUUUGUUAAGACUAUGGUGGCCUUUGUGCCAUCAUGCCCCAAACAAGCAUGUUCUCCUGGCUUUCCAUCCAUAACAACACCAAAUUAUGAGAGCUCAUGGUGCUUCCCAUCUGUACCACUACCAAAAUCAGAAAGGCAUUUAACAUCGCCCAGUGCUAUAGAUACCUAUACCCCAGUGAGUUUAGAGUCAUCUCUCACAUCAAGCUUUUCUAUGACACAUCAGCCUAUUACAGUUCUAACAGAAGAAAACAAAACUUCAAAGGAGUGUUAUGUCGCAAUGCAGCAUAUAUCAAAUAGUUCAGAUGCAAAUGAACUGACUCAUAUCAAUGAAACUAAAUUGAAUGCUAGUUCCUUGGAAGAGACCAAAGAAGAUAUAGGAGUCUGGACAAAAAGUGGGGAAGGCGAAAAGGGAAUUCUGGAGAGUGGCAAAAUAGACUGCAGAAUGUGGCAUUCCCUACCUCCAGACAUGCCAUUAUUACUCACUGCUACAGAAAGAAUUGAACGCACAGAUGCUGAUUGCCAAACUACAGAUGAAUACACACACGGGGAACACUCUGCUUAUGAUGGGUAUACAUUUGAGAACCUGACACAAAGACCACAACAACUCAGAUCCAGAUAUGAGGAUGAAAAAGAGACAGUGGAAGACAUGUGUAAUUUGGAGCCUUCGCUUUGCAGUGCUCAGUCCAGGCCACUGCAUGUCCAGUGGCUACCCAACAUGGCAGAUCUCUUUCCAUCAUGUCCAAGAAUUUGUAGAGUUCCAGGGUUUCCAUCUACAGCUAUGACAAUUACUUAUGAUACAGAGGGAGUGGACUGGCCUAGAGAUGCAAAGACAUUGUGGAAAAAGGGACCAAAAACAGUAGAACCCAUUCAGUGCAUGGAAAUAUCUCAGUUUGAUACAAAAAUGAUUGGAAAUAUUGUAUCACUGGCCUAUUCAUGCCCCCGUGAAACAAGUAUUAUAGGUUUUCCUUCUGCCAUUAGUGGAAAAAUAGUAGAAAUAUCCUCCAAAAGUACACCUUGCAGCAAGACAUCCAGAGUAGCUGGUAUACCCUCAAGCUCCGUAAUUCAAGAGGAUAAGCCAGAUGUGGAGUGGCUAAACAGGAAAGGGUGUUUAUGGGACAAACAAUUAAAGGAAAAAAAUGCCUUCAUCAUAAACACACCAGUUCAGUAUACUGAGAUUUCCAGUAUGAUAGUGGCAAUUGUUCCAACUUGCCCUGAACGAACAAUCAUUCCUGGUUUUCCAUCUGCACCUUACUCCAAAGAAGGAUGGAAGUGUGAAACCAUGGAAAAGUGCUCAAUAGUAUUUACUGCAUCUGUAGUGGCUGGGCAUAUUAUGAGAAAUACACCAGCAACUCAAGUAGAUGGAUUUGCCACUACAUCAGAACCUCAAGCCAAAGUUGUUCCAAGUGUGUCAAAGCUUCAUCCAACGUGUCCAAUGAUCUCUAGAAUUCCUGGAUAUCCAUCUAAACAAGAAUCUAUCAACGUGGAAUGGAUCAGUGAUCAGACACUAAUUUUAAGCAAGCAAUUCAAUGGAAAAACAGUUCACUUUACAGACAAUUCUAAGGAUGCAGAGUAUAUAAAUAAAGAUAUGACUUUAUUAUCCACCUGCCCUCUUGCAGCACGCAUUCCAGGUUUUCCUUCUGCACAGAAACGUAAAUUUCAGGAGCCAAAAAUGCAAAACUUUCGUCUGUCUUGCCCAAAGCUGUCCCACAUAGCUGGAUGUCAGAGCAUACAGACUCCUAGAUCAUCAAAUUGGCCAACCAAUCCAAUAAUUCUGAUGGAUAAGCAAACUAAGAAGCCUACAAUUAUUACAAAGAAAGCAAAAGAGAACAAACAAUUUAUUGAAAGAAAUGCUGCUUUGGUACCAGUGUGUCCUUACAAAACCUGCAUUCCAGGUUUUCCAUCCGUUCCAGAACCAAAAAUGAAAAAUAUUCUUCCUGCUUGUCCAAAAAGGUCUAACACUGUUGGAUUCCCUUCUAAAGAGGGAACAAUGCAUUUAGAUUGGUUAGUUGAUAGCCUAAAUACAAUUCAGCUGUGUCGCAGUGCACCAAAACAGAAGUUAUUUUUUAUUAAGAACAAAACAGACGAGACCAGAGACUCACUGAAAAACAUGUUUGCCUUAUCACCAACUUGUCCAACACAGACAUUAAUAGCAGGAUUCCCCUUUGCACUAAAACCCAAAGUUUCUUUCAAUAUGGUGAAUCUUCAGCCAUGUACUUCAAAAACGUCAAUGAUUGUCGGGCUCCAAUCAAGAGAGAGAACCUACACAAAUAUAUGGUUUUUUGAGAAAAAAUCUUUGUGGGAGAAAUCAUUAAAUACAAGAUCAGAUAUUCAUGACCAGUGCUACUUUGUAUCUCCUUGUGACCAAUUAGACCAUGACAAUAGGAAGAAAAUUAUUGCUUUGGUACCAACCUGCCCAAGAGAAGCUCAAGCCCCUGGUUUUCCUUCUAUACCUUACAUCAAAGUUAAUAAAUUCUAUUUACGUAAAGAGUCGGACAUGAGAAAUUUACUGAAUUCUUGCCCAGGGUUUGCUCGUGUUCCAGGCUUUCCUUCAGUAAAUUCAGUUAUCUCAGUAGAGCCAUCAUGGAAGGUUCUAGAGAUGCCAACAUGGGUUAAACCUGUAACACAGAAAUCGGUUUUAAUUGCAAGUACAACCCAACAUUUUGACCAAUAUGUAAAAAUUGAACAGCUUGCACCAUCAUGCCCUGAUAAAGCUAGAAUCCUUGGAUUUCCAUCUGUAAGAAAGUUUAUGUAUUCAAUGACUGCUCUCUUACCAUCUUGUUCAUAUGCAUCUGGUAUAAACGGAAUGCCAUCUAGGGACAACAUAACUCAAGAUCUUGCUCAGUUAGACAGGGUGUUACCUGCUCUGCCACUUUUUGCAGAAAAACCUAUGAAGACAAAUACACUUUUGGUUUUUGAUGAUCUUCGUACAGUUGAGGAAAAAACAGUUAUGUUCUCUUUGGCCUAUUGUUGCCCAAGCAAAGCAAGAACUCCUGGAUUCCCAUCAAUGCCUACAAUACCUUCCACACAAACCAGCAUGUCUGUAGCAAACCACACUCUAUCCCAGACCCAAACAGAGCCCUGUGAAAUGGUGCUGAAUGUUACACCUCAUAAGAUAGACAAAUUGGAUCUAAAUAUGGAUGUCAAAUUAUCUGAUACAUCCACAGAAAUAAAAAAGACAAAAGAAAUUCAUGAAGGACAUCCAAUUAUCAGCAGAAGUCCACUACAUGAAAAUCAAACCUUGGAAGAACACACUGUGGACAACACUACAGACUACUCAGAGAUUGAUAUAACAUCUGGAUGGGAGGUACUGGAGGCAGAGGAUUCUUUUACAGAAAAAGAAGCUUCAGGGCUUGUUGAAACCAUAGUUGGUGUUUUUCACAAGGGUUUUGAGACAGUAGCCGCAAUGUUGCAGUCAUCUGGUUCUGGAGAGGAUGCAGAUAGCCAGUUGACCACUGAUGACCUCCGUUGUUCAGUGGAUCCGGAAAACAGCAUUAGCGUAAAACCCGGACUGUCUCGGUGUGAACCUGCUGAGGAGCCGAUCCAACAGAAGGCGUUACAUGUUUCAUCAACUGAACCUCAGGUGUUUAAUAUCCCAGUAAGUGCUGAACCACACACGUGGCACUUGGCUGACAGUCGGUCUGAGACGUCCUUGUGCUCUAAAGAUGUUGAAAGCUGGCUUACUGGUAACAGAGAACAUAACCAGAUGAAGAAGUGGCCUCCACUAACAGAAGCAGACCUACAUGAGAUUACCAAAGAAGAGGAAGAAAAUGUCCCACUCACUUUACCUCAAAGCAGUGAAACAUCCAAAAAGAAAAUUUUUGAUUUUGAUGAGAAUACUGAAGAAGAGCUUUUAGAUAAGCCAUUCUUGAGCGAGAAGGGGCCACAGAAUCAUAGGGCUCAAGAAAUCUCUGCAUUUCUUCAGCCUACAAGCAGCAAGCCUCAGAGAGAAGACAUGAUGACAUUUUCUGUAACAUCCCAACAAAAACAAUCAGCAGUUGGAAAUGAAGAUGCCUCUGUUUUAACAUCCAGUCAACCACCAUCACUGAAGUCUAGCCUGAACUCCAGACUUCAAGAAUGUUCUUUGACCGCAGUCAUGAAAGACCAGAAAACAAUUUCUUCUUGCCCAAAUGUAUCAGUUUCUUUACCUUGUGUCAGCAAGGUAAACAGUAUUGUGACAGAGGAAUCCUCACACACUAAGGAACAUGUAGCUGUUGUAAACCAGGAUGAAUGUCUAUCAGAUGUAUCAGAGAGCUUGCACGUGGCAAUGUCUGGAUCGAUCACUGAGAAUAAGAAGGAGGACAAAGUUGCUGGCAAGCCCAUAUCUUUAGACAUUCCCCUGACAUCUGCAGAUGAUUCUUCUACUGAAACCAUGCUGCAGAGUCCCACUGUUCAACCUGUCCCGAUGCCUCGGGUAAAGAAGCGCCUUAGUGCUUCUUUACCAGAUGAUUACAGAGUGGAAAGUGGUACGACUCAAAUAAGCACUGGUUGUAUUUGCCCAUCAGACAAUAGUGAGGUAUCAAAUGUGUCUGGCAUUUCUAAAACUUGGGAUGUUGGAAAUAAAACUGAAAUGCAGAGAAAGAUGUCCUCCAAAGAUAUGACUGAUUCCGAAACUAAUAUAGAAUCAACUACUGAUACCCAGCCUGGCAGUGUAAAAAUAGAGCCAAUUGAAAUCAAGGUGAAAUCAGCAGAUCAAGUCAAGCUCACAGAGCCUCUACUCCCGGUGCCUCGUAUGAGGAAGCGUUUGAGUGCUUCUUUUAAUGAUGAUACUCCACCUGUGACAUCUUCAACUCCAUUUGUCCUUGAUCAAGGACAAAAAGAAGCACCUCCACCAGUUCCAGCACCUCGUUCGAAGAAACGCCUCAGUGCUACGUUCCCAGAUGAAAAUCCUUCCGAAGGAUUGGUGGAGCAAUCUGAAAGCACACCACCUGUUCCUUCAUUACAUUUCUCGGAAAAGACUGUCAAAGCACUUGAACUAGAGAGUAACAAAUCACUAUGUAGUCUAUCAAUUAGUGUGGAAAAAUGUACAGUCUGUCCAGAAAUUUCUUACACUAAUCAUGAAGGCAGCAGACAGCUGGGUGAAGACACUGUCAGGGAGAAAGUUUGUGAAUCUGCUAAAACAAUGUGUGAGACUGACACAAGCAAGGUUCCAGACACUGUGGGUAAAAUACAAAGACAAGAAAACAGAUCCAGUGAGACAAAUCAGGAUGUAGAAACAACUGUGAAAGAUGAUGGGCAGGGAAAAGGAGAAGAUAAGGUUCAACUGGCUACUGUGUCUUUAGAUGAAACUGCGGCAGCAUUAGAUUUAAAGAGACAAGCCAAAGAGGAUUCUUCAAGCCUGCCUCUCCCAGGGCCUCGUGUGAAGAAAAAUAUAAGCGCAUCAUUCCAGGAUGAUACCUCAGUUCCUAGUGAUGAAAUAACCUUUCCAGGAAAAGAAUCUAGCAUUAAAAAAACAGUUCUCACCAAAAGGAAAACAACAGCAGAAGCUAUGGUCCAGCAUGGUAGUUCUCCAGCAAACUCUGCUGCAGCCAAUGAGGCGGAGACAACAAGCCUUGUAGAUUCCAGUCAGUCCCUUCUAGAGUGGUGCCAAGAGGUAACAAAAGGUCACAAAGGAUUGAAGAUCACAAACUUCAGCACCUCCUGGAGAAAUGGUCUUGCUUUCUGUGCCAUCCUCCAUAGUUUCCAUCCUGAUAAAAUGAAUUUUGAAAUGUUGGAUCCUUAUGACAUUAAGCUGAACAACAAAAAGGCUUUUGAUGGCUUCGCUGAACUGGGCAUCUCCAGAUUGAUCGAGCCCUCUGACAUGGUACUACUGGCCGUGCCUGACCGACUCAUUGUUAUGACUUACCUGAGUCAGAUUCGAGCACACUUUACUGGCCAGCAACUCAGUGUGGUACAAAUUGAACAGAACAGCAAUGAGUCAAGCUAUGCUGUGGGAGAGAAAAUACAGAACACAGACCCUGAAGCUGCUGCACGCUAUUAUGCCGAGAAAUUCCAGACCAGCCAGCUUCCUCAGGAGACAGCUGGGAAUGUCCCUGACAAAGAGACUAAGGAGAAUCUAAAUACAAGUGUUAAUGUCGUACCACCACCUCGACCCAAACGGACUCCAGGGGCAAGUCAAUCAGGAGGCUCAGGGGGAGCCCACGCUCCGAUCGCUCCUCCAAGAACUCACUCUUCAUCCACCAAGGGCUUUUCACAUUUGAAGGAUGCAGAUUUGGUAAAGAAGCGGCGAUCACAGAUAAGAGGGGAGUCUUUUGAAGAGAAUGAGCUGUCAGAGAAAACAACUGAAGCGGAGAGUGGAACAAGUCAUACUGAGAGUGGAGCAGCCAAAGCACCCUCAGGAGGAUUGGAGUGUGGAGAACAGGGAAAAGUUGGAGCUGGCCAGGAUGUCAGCCAGUAUGUCCUAAGUGAGAUGCAGGCCGUGGAGGCAGAGCAGAGGCAGAUAGAUCACCGGGCCGACAUUGUAGAGAGGAAACUAAGAAGAAUUAUGGAGUCUGGUAGUGAUCGUGUGGAGGAAGAGAAACUUAUUCAGGAGUGGUUCAUGCUAGUUAACAAGAAGAAUGCCUUGAUCAGGAGACAAGACCAACUACAAUUACUACAAGAAGAGCAUGAUUUGGAGAGGAGGUUUGAACUGCUAAAGGGAGAGCUUAGAGAUCUCAUGGCAGUAGAAGAGUGGCAGAAGACUCAGGCCCAUAAAACCAGAGAACAUUUGCUGCUGCAAGAGUUGGUGUCUCUUGUUAACCAAAGGGAUGAACUUGUCCAUGACAUAGAUGCCAAAGAGAGAGGGGCUUUGGAAGAAGAUGAAAGGUUGGAAAGAGGCCUGGAGCAGAGACGAAGGAAGUAUGAAAGUCAAAAAGAGAAAUGUGUAUUGCAGUAAAGGAAUAAGAUGGUCAAAGUGAUGUUAACAUUAUGAGACUGUUGGCAAACAACAAAAGUCACUUUAUAUAAAACUAGUGAAGAAAAUGGAGAAGAAGAAGAAGAAGAAGAAAAAGAAGAAGAAGAAGAAGGUGGAGAACUGGAAGAAUCACCAAAAACCUUAAUAGGAUUUUGUUUUGACUCUGUAGGUUGCACGUGGAGAUUUGUAGUCCUUUUGCACUUCAGUAAGAGAAACUGGUAUUUAGGAGGUCACUUAGUGUUCAUUUGAGAUUCUUUUGUAAAAUUUAAGACACUUCUAUUGGGUCAAGUUCAGGAUACAUUUAUAAAUGGUUUAUAAGCAGAUACUGCUAUACAUUGUGUCAUUUAUACAGUCUGUUGAUGCAUUUGAACAUUAAUGUAUACAGAAUAUAAUAUAUUGCUGUGCCAUAGCAGUGAAUGUAUGAUUUAAAAAUGUGUUGCCUUUAGUACAGGUAAAUGGCAGAUGAUAGCUAUCAGUAGAUAUCAGACACUGAAUACUGAAACUGAAACUCAAAAAGAAAACUAUUUUUAUUAAAUACUUUAUACUUAUGAAGAAAACGAUUCUCAAAUCUAUUCAAAACUACAUUCUGACCUAUGUGCUACAUACGUGUUAUUCAACAUACAGUGACAGACAAGACUUAACAAAGAAAGGUAUUAAGAUGUCUGUGUGAACUAAACAUUUUAAAGACAUGCAGUAAAAGAAAAGAGUUUUGGUUAAUCCACCAUUUUGCAAAAUGUGUGAAUUUAUAUCUGUGUUUUGGUAUUUCCUGUUUCCGUGCAAUUUGGUCUUCCACACAGAGCAAGAACUUAUUAAACUAUGGCAAAGCCUGCUUUAAAAAAAACAUUUAUAAAAAUAUAGUAAACAAACCACCGUAUAGUAAUAUAGAGUACACACACACACACACACACACACACACACACACACACACACUGCUGCUCUAUCUACUGCCAUUAAUUAUUAUCCAGUAGAUCUUUAAUGCAACUUACUGUAGUUAAGUUUUAUGUUAAUAUUAUUUUGACUGGUAUUUUCUGUUACUUAUUUAAAAUAUAGUAUACAAACAUGCAUCACAGUGCAAAAGCACAGAACCCUGAACUUUUUAGCCUUCCUUCUACCCAAGCUGAAAAGAUUCAGUACCAGAAAAAGAAAUAUAUGGAAACACACACACCACUGCAGUUUGCUGUGUAACAGAAUAUUUGUGUUGACUUCAGCAUAAAUGAGUAUUUCUGAGCAGUUUUUAAAAACAGUAUUAGUUUUGACAGUCUCCUUCUCAAAAGCUAUUUAUGUAUGUAUUAAUCUAUGAGUGUCUGGGUGUUCUCUUUUGUUGCAUUCUUUUAACGUGUUGAAUGUUACCUGCUGAGCGUUCUGGCCUCUGCCUUGCAGUGUCACCGUUUGCUAUAAAGAAUAUAAUAUUAUAAGUAUUCUUUUUGUCUUACAUCCUGCACUUUUAAAACUGCACUGUUUUAAAGAGUUUGUUGGAAAAUAAAAGUCGAUUCAUAUGA